UACAUAGUGAUGAUCAUUGCCAUGCCUGGUUGGUUAGUUAAUUUGUUUGUCUCAGCCAACAUAUAGUGAGAAAGAUGUCAUUUACAGCUACUUCACUUUAAAAAUAUUUUUAAAACUAUUCUUAUCUCCAAACUAACAAAAUAUUUCUGAUGUGGCAAUCCUCGCACUUAAGACUGAAGUCUAAAAGAAUUAGCCUACAAAGAAAAGCAAUGGAUGAAAAUGGAAGAAAGUGUAACUUAUCUUUUAAAGGAUUCAUUCAACAUGGGCAACAGGCUACAUUGGACCUUGUAGUACAUCCUGAUGUGACAUGCCAGCCAUUAUUUCGGUAUAUUGAAUUUCUGUAUAUUGAAUGAACCAUCCUGUCAAGCCAUAAUAUUGUUAACUGAUUUAAAAAAAAAAUGCAAUGUGGACGCAGCAAUUGCAUCUUGGUAGCGUGUUGUGUAAACCUGGCUAUAACAUUACUCUGGAAGAAAUUAAAAUGUCUCCUUUUGCUGUCAGUAAGUACUGGCAGGAAAUGCCAACUGAGGGGAAAACUCUAUCAAUGUAUUCACUGAUUUAUCUGACUUGGAAUUGGCCCUAUUGUAUGCAGACAAAUAAAUCAAGAGGAUAAUUUUGUAGACUUCUGUAGAGAAUGUGCAUGUGUCAAUUAAAGAUUUAUUAUAUAGUUGCCUAUUCUUGUAAGUGUUUACAUAAUAAUUUGAUUAAUACAGAUGGUGCUUUGAGGGGCUGUGAGAAAUCUUGUAAAAUGCAGCUGUUUAAAAACUUUGUCCCUUAAAGCAUGGCACCAGGAAAACUAAUGCUUUUCAGGAUCAUGUAAUUUUUGUUUUUCUUGUGAUUUAAAGAAACCUGAAGCAGAGGCUGGAUUGUUUAGGUUCUACACCAUACCCCUCCCUUCACUGGCCACACCUUGCUGAUAAAAUGCCAGAGAAAGAAGUAGAAGAAGAAAAAAGAGGCAAGAGAGAGAGAGAAAGAAAAAAAGAAAGCUUUUACUAGGUCCCUUUUUCAAAGAAUGACAACAAUUGUAUUUGCUGGCUAAUCAGGCUUUUCAGAAUUGACCAAGAGGAAACAACAUAGCUGGUGAUGACACAAUCCUUGUUGGCAUAGUCACUUAAUGAGGAAACUCCCACAGGGAAAGGCUUUAUAAGUGCUUCAGGAAGGUUGAGACAUUUCUCAGGCAGUGCCGGUGAGUCAAAAAGAGAGAGGGAAAAAGACAGAAGUGCUGGUAGUACAACCAGGUCUCAACUUGACAUCAGGAUGAAUUCUGGCCAUGGCUUCUACCACCUUUCCUCUGGCUACCUUGGAGGACCCUCAGGAUGCCUCCUGCAGCCUAUAGGGGAUUGCUACAGAACUUCCAAUUUCCAUGGAGUAAGCAGCAGUCUUCCCAUGCCUCUGUCCUUUGGAAGCCCUAUCUGGCUGGCUUCUCCUGCUGAGACAAGCUGGGGAGCCUUCAGUGGGAGUCAGGGAAACCUCUUCAUGGGUGGGAACGAAAAGCGGACCAUGCAGGAGCUGAAUGACCGCUUGGCUUCCUACUUAGAAAAAGUACGGUCUUUGGAGGAAGCCAACACACAGCUGGAGGGCUGCAUCCGGGAAUGGCACCAGAAGAGAUCUCAUGGCACCCAGCGAGACUUCAAGGAUUACGAGCACAACAUCUCAGACAUGCAUGAGCGGAUUGAGACUGGACGGGUUACCAAUGCAGGCCUUGUUCUACAGAUUGACAAUGCCAAAAUGGCAACAGAGGAUUUCAGGCUCAAAUAUGAAGCUGAAAAAGCUCUCCGGCAAAAUGUGCAAAAUGAUGUUGAAAACAUCCGUAAGGAGCUAGACAAUAUGACCAUCAUAAUAACUGACCUGGAAAUGGAAAUUGAAGCUUUGCGUGAAAAUCACAUACUCAAAAAAAAAGAACAUGAGAUGAAUAUGCAGACACAUGGCUCACCCAAAGACUUUAAAGUGAAUGUGAAGGUGAACAAAACUCCACAAGAAGAUUUAUCAAAGAUCCUGGAGGGGAUAAGAGCGGAUUAUGAAGCUAUAAUAGAAAAAAACCGCCGAAGUCUUGAUUCGUGGUUCCAGCAACAGAUUGGAAAUGAAUCUUCAGAGGGACAACACAACCAGGAAGAACUACAAAACAGCCAGAAAGAAAUCUGUGAGCUGAAUCGCACACUGCAAACCCUGGAAAUUGAUUUCCAGACAGAACUAAAUAAGAAAUUUGCCCUAGAAAACAAUAUGGCAGAAACCAAGGCUCGCUAUACUUUCCAGCUUCAAAGUAUCCAAAACCUCAUCAAAAAAUGUGAAGAAGAGCUCAGCAAGUUUCGACAUGAUAUCAAAUGUCAAAAUAAUCAGUACAAGGUCCUCUUUGGAAUAAAAACACGUCUGGAGAGGGAAAUUUCUACUUAUCGUCAGCUUCUGGAUGGUGAUGUUGAUGGGAAAACCGGCACAAGCUUUGGAGAACACAGAUCAAGCAAUCCAAACCUGAAAAAAAUUGUGCAAGAGACUGUGGACGGAGAGGUAGUCUCUACACAUACUACUGAGAUCAAACGGCAGGCAUGAUUUCCAAUGUGAAGGAAAAUUUACUUAUCUGCAAAUCAUAUACAGAUUUAACUAUUUAAUGAAAAGAGUUCUAUAUACAGUCUUGGGGAUUCUGAAUUUUUUUCUCAAUUUUCAUCUGCAUGUAAUUUAAUAUGAGUGCAAAUAAUUCUCCAUCUUCUUGUUGUAUCAUGCUUCUUUAAAACCUCAAAAUAAAUAAUAGUAUCAUGAAUUUAUUCUGGUUCCCAGUAAUUGGAGUAUCUAAGUUUGACUAUCAAAGAACUUUCCUCAUUCCAUGAGCAAAUGCUGCAUAGUUGUAUCAUUAAAAGAGUAUCUGGCAAGUUAUUUAUGACUAGAAUAUCUAUAGAAAAGUAAGAGGUGUAUUACUUGUCCAAAACUUUCCUAGUCAUGGUUAAAUUUUCAAGUAUAUUCAAAAGGGAAAAGUUGGUAAAAUAUUGAGAAGUUCUGGAGGUAGGGCUAUUUUAUAAUGAAAUAAAUGCUGAUAUGUGGUAAAGACCAUUGAACUAUGGAUGAAACUAAUUCUGCAUACACGAAACUAAGAACUUUCCACUAGAGGUACCUUAAUAAUGGCUGGGCCUCUAUAUACCCAAAGAACAAAAAACA